UGUAGUACUAGUACCUGAUUACAUUAAUAACUCAAAGCCAAAGUGUGAUAACUGUCAAAUCCUAAAUAUGACACCUCCUUAUUCUCACACAGAACACCAUCCCAUCACCUCUCCUCUGUCUCUCCUGACCCUGCUGUCCCCAUGGAGAUGACCUCUCUCCUAUUCCUACUCUGUGCAGGUGUCUGCUGCACAGCUGCACUCAGCCGCCUCAGACAGUUCCAUCUCAAUAAAAAUACAUUAAAUUGGACAGAAGCACAACACUUCUGCCGGGAGAACUACACUGAUCUUGUCACUUUGUACAAUCAGGAGGAAUCCAAGCAGCUGGUACAGUUAUUGCCUGAAAUCAGCUAUACAGCCUGGAUAGGUCUCCAUCGCAAAGAGCACAGUCUGAAGUGGUCCAAUGGAGACAUUGUUAAUGACACUGCAUGGUUACCACUUCCAAGCCCGUGCACAAAGCCAAUGUGUGCAGCCAUACUGAAAGAUGAUACAACAUGGGAGAAUUGUACAGAGCAGAAAUUCUGUAUGUGUUACAGAAAAGGGUCUGGUGAUUCCUUCCUGAUUGAACAGAACAUGACCUGGUAUGAGGCUCAGAGUUACUGCAGAGAGAACUACACUGACCUGGUCAGCUUCAGGAAUGAAGGACAGAAGGAGGAAGUCAAGAACAAAGGGAUGAACAGCACCAUUCCUUACUGGAUCGGCCUGCUGUAUGAUGACUGGGAGUGGUCUGAUGGAGGGAGAUCUGCCUACAGAAACUGGUCCACAGAGGAUGUUCCAGAUAAGUACUAUCCUGAAGCAGGAGAGAAUGUCACUGUUCUUUCCCAGAGUCGAAGAGGUAUACUCACAAUGGGAAAGGAUAGUAAUACAGAUUAUACACUCUGCUCUGAGGGUAAGUUGUCCAAGAGGAACAUAGUCAAACUGCUUCUUAUUUGUAUGAAAGAUUGUUACUCUAUAUUGAUAAUCGCCUGGUCAAGAGGACUGAACUCGGCAUUCCCUUUCUAUUCCCUUCACUUGUCAAGUCAACAAACACAAUGCAGGGCUAUCAUGCGAUCAUGCUG